GUGGGCUGUAUCAGCUGACUCGACAAUUAUUUAGAUCUAGUCUAAAUAAAUAGGCCUAUAUUUGACAGAUCUAGAUUUAGUUGUUUUGUUCGGGACAGUCCAUGUGUCAGAUUCCCAUACUGACCACCCACAAAGAAAAUAAAGUCUACGACUAAAAAGAGUCCCAGAUCUAAAAAAAUUAAGAUAGGCCUAUAGAAUAGUAUAGAUCUAGAUCUAGAUCUAAGUACUAAGAAGUAGGUCAGGAUGACCCAGCUGAAGGUGAACAUCGAUGAGCCCAGGUACGAUCAGUCCACCUACAAGGGCAGGGCCAAACACUUUUUCAUCACCACAAACCCUCUCAACAUCUUCGCUUCAGGUCAAUCAUUGGAUCAAGCUAAAGACAUUGUUGAAAGAUACAGGAAAGGAGAGUUGGUAGCAGGCCUAACAGAAGACAAGUUGUGGCAAGCCAAACAUUUGUAUGACUCCGCCUUUCACCCCGACACCAAAGAAAAAAUGUUUCUCCUGGGGAGGAUGUCAGCACAAGUGCCCAUGAAUAUGACCAUCACAGGUUGCAUGAUGACAUUCUACAAAACUACCCCAGCUGUGAUCUUCUGGCAGUGGUUUAACCAAACGUUUAAUGCUGUGGUCAACUACACCAACCGUAGUGGGGACACGCCCAUUUCUCCUGUGCAUCUGGGUGUCUCCUAUGUAAUGGCCACUGGAGGAGCUGUGACAACGGCCUUGACACUUAACAACAUGGUCAAGAAAUUCCCUGCCAUCAUUGGGAGGUUUGUGCCUUUUGCUGCUGUAGCUGCGGCCAACUGUAUCAACAUCCCGUGUAUGAGGAGCAGAGAACUGAUGCAGGGCAUCCCAGUACUGGACAGUGAAGGCAACAAAGUUGGUGAGUCAAAGCGUGCCGCCAGCAGCGCCAUCACACAAGUGGUUAUAUCCAGAGUCAUCAUGGCCAUGCCAGGGAUGUUGAUCCCCCCUUUUAUCAUGAACAGUUUAGAGAAGAAAUCAUUCAUGCACAGGAUGCCAUGGCUGAAUGCACCCAUCCAAGUAGGAAUGAUAGGUGUCUUGCUGGUUUUUGCUACCCCUCUUUGCUGCGCCUUGUUCCCUCAGAAAAGCUCCAUGUCCGUGUCCAGCCUGGAGCCAGAAGUGCGAGACAAGAUCCUGGCCCUGCCCAACCCUCCCAGCACAGUGUACUUCAACAAGGGCCUCUAGCUGGGGCACAACCAGCUCAGCUACAAACUUUGGCUGGCUGGCUGGCUGACUGGCUGGCUGGCUGCUGAUAUCUGAUCUGAGACAUGCUGGACCAGAAGAGAUCUAACAGAUUGUGUUGAUGUUAGCCUCAUUGUUCUUGUAGCUUUUGACCAGUUUUAACAUUUGAUUUUCUGUAGGAUUUACCAGGUUUAUAAGUUGAUGUUCUUGUAGGUUUUACCAGGUUUGAAAGUUGAUGUUCUUGUAGGUUUUGCUAGGUAUGAAAGUUGAUGUUCUUGUAGGUUUUGCUAGGUAUGAAAGUUGGUCUUGUAGGUUUUGAUGGUUUGAAAGUUGAUGUUCUUGUAGAAUUUGAAAUGCCCCUGUUGAGAUUACUUAUACAUACAUAUAUACUCAGGUGGAAAAAUACAUAUAUGCAACAAAUCA